AUCGCCAUCUUAUUUGUUUCGUCAGUGAAGGAGAAAAGCAGUAACGCGGAGUUUAUAGCGUAUUUUUGCGUCUUGAUGUACGUAUUCACAUUGUGUUUGAAGUAUUAAAAUGUCUCACGGUGGAAGAAAUGAAUGCAGAAUUUAUGUCGGCAAUCUACCGCCGGAUAUAAGGACAAAGGAUAUUCAGGAUCUUUUUUAUAAAUUUGGUAAAGUUACUUUUGUUGACUUGAAAAACCGGAGAGGACCGCCAUUCGCCUUCGUUGAGUUCGACGACCCAAGAGAUGCAGAAGAUGCUGUACAUGCUAGAGAUGGAUACGACUAUGAUGGUUAUAGACUACGUGUCGAAUUCCCCAGAGGUGGUGGACCCAGUAACAAUUUCCGUGGAGGUCGUGGAGCAGGUGACAGUGGUCGAGGAGGUCGUGGCGAAAUGAGUAACUCUCGAGGUCGUGGACCACCUGCAAGACGCUCUCAGUACAGGGUCCUUGUAACAGGGUUACCACCAUCUGGUAGUUGGCAAGAUCUGAAGGAUCACAUGAGAGAAGCUGGAGACGUAUGCUUUGCAGAUGUUUACAAAGACGGCACCGGCGUAGUUGAGUUUCUACGCUACGAAGACAUGAAGUAUGCCGUCAUGAAAUUGGAUGAUUCCCGAUUUAGGUCACAUGAGGGGGAAGUGGCCUACAUUCGUGUUAAAGAGGAUCACACCAGUGGUGAAAGAGGCCGUAGCAAGGAUCGUGAAAGAGGACGAAGCCGUUCCAGGAGCUACAGUCCACGACGUCGGGGUUCUCCUACUUAUUCGCCACUACGGCGCAACUAUUCGCGGUCCCGAUCCCGUUCUCGUUCCAGAUCUCGUUCUUACGACUAGUGUGUACGUAUAUGCUCUACAUGAUAAUAUCAGCAAAAGGUUUACUCACAUUCGCCUUGCCACAUUUCAUUAUUGCUGAUUUGAGCAUUACCAAAAUAACAACAAUAACGAAGACUACAGAUACACAAAACAAAAAUGGAAGAUUGUACACGAACGAUAAAUCGAACAAGAGAGUGAGGGUACAAAACGAAAACAGAAAAUUAGGAAUUCUUCCAGUCCAAUCAUACCUCGCAGCGUUGAUUUUACUAAUUGUCUCGUUUUUUGUCAUCUACGCGAUCAAACGAGAAUUACGUUAUCGGUAGCAUGAUGGAAGAAACUACAACAAGACAAAAACGAAAUACUUGGGAGAUCCGUAUAUGAAUUGUACAAAUACAAUAACUACAAAUAAUUGCUAGUCCAUUCCAGGACGAAGCUGUAUUACUUCUCAAAGUUUAAAUACGAAUUGUUACAUAUGAACUUUUUGAUUGCUUCUAAUCAAACCAGCAAUAACGAAAUCCUUCGAUUAAUCGGACUCUAACGAUGUUUAUAUUUCCAAACUAAUGAACCGUUGCCACUAAGAGAGAAAAAGCAAAGAACAGCAUAUAAACAUGAGUGCAUCUUAAUUCUAUUGACAAUUUACCAUUCGAUAAAUUGAAAAGAAAUCGCCAUUCGCAUCACUCGCAUUGGAUAUCGACAAAGUAUAAUUGUUUAACCUAUAGAACUAUAACGAUUUAUUAUUAUUUUCGAAGAGACAUUCCUUUAGUUUCGCGCGAUUCAUUCUUCAACAUCAUAUUUUACGUGUAAAAUGUGCGAGGACUUUUGUAUAACAUUAAAUGGGGAUCUUGCAUGACUACUUGAGACGCAAAUAUCGCGAAAUUUACCUUUUAUGAAUAUUAUGUUCUCAUUUAACUGCCAAGCAAGCCAUUCGAAUCUCUGUACUUGAGACGCAAUGUGGUAAAUAAUCAAUGGCGUAUAUAGUAAAACAAAAAUGUUUAAGUGUCCACCCUUUUGAAAGAUUAACAAGAUUUUUCACCUGACAACAAUCUUAACGCAUUAAAAAUGCAUUAACGUUAAACAUGAUUUUCCAGUAAUCCUCAAACAUUUUUGAUAUUUUUAACACACUUGUCAUCUAUUUUGCUGAAUUUCAUGCGUCAAUUAAUUUAACCAACUUCUCGUCGUGAGAUAACAAACGUCGUAAUCGUUUGCGGUGAGCUCUGCGUGGACCGUUCAAUUUUCCGUUUCUUUUUGUUUGUUUAAGCCACGCGUUGCAUCACCAUUGUUGAUAGUUCACUCAAAACUGAUAUUCAUAUCUUCUAUUUCAUCUCGUUACUCUCUUCUCUUGUAUAACAUCAAUCAUCACCAGAGCUACAAAAUGAACACCAAAGAUAUAUAGCAUAUUUUUUCAUUUUUUUAAAUUAUAUAAAAAAUAAAAACUUUUUUCAUUUGCAAAUUUUUCUGAAAAAAGAAUCAUUGUGGGACAGUCCUUCCGAAAAUGUGACAAUCUGACGAAAGCCCCCCAUUGUUAGUAAUUAAUGAAUUUUAUCAAAUUAAUGUGCAUCUCUCUUUAAUCAAUUAGAAUAUAAAUUAACGUGCGAUACUGCGUUUGUGUCUUGAUGACUAGAAAUCAAAGUAAUUCUUAGCAAACGAUUUGAAUAAGAAUUUAACCCAUGCACGAUCCCCAUUCGUACAAAAUAUCUUGCAGUGACAUCUCAUUUUCUGAACGUGAAUGAUUUCGCAAAACGCUUUAAAUUUAUUAAUUGAUAUUAAUAUUUAAUAAACGAAAACGACAAGCAUGUUCAUUUGGUUCCAACGAAGUGUGAUUUACGUGUCUCCCUUUAAUCAGAUAUAACGCGCAUCUUCCGUAUGUCACAUUUGCCUAGCAACCGGAUUCGAUGAGCGUCAACAUCAAGGAGGAUUAAAUAAAUUUUGAAAACAAAAAAAUUAAAAAUAAUAGUGCAACCACAUGAGUCGAUUAACACGAACUCGUUUCCUCGUUGACUCUUUUUAACAAAAUUUUCGUCACUCCCUGGGAUUUGUGCCCGAGGAAACUGUCGAAAAAAAAAGAAAAAACCUGAAAAAAAAGAAUCAAGAAAAUUUCUGAAGCAACGGGUAUGAGAGCGUUAUUAUUUCUUGUCGGAUGCAUUGAAAAAAAGAGCAGGUUUCCGCGUGUCUGAUACAACUAAAAUGGCAAAUAAUUAAUCCUCAUUGGGAUUUAUAUUGGAAAAAAACAAAAGGUUGGGGUAAAAGUGAAGGAACGAUUAAAAACAUAUUUUUAUUCUACGACAAUUAUAAAUUUUCUCGUCGUAAAUUCGGCCUGCGAUAUCAAUAUUAAUAAAUGUGAAUAACGACGGGUUUUGUUGGCUACAAACUACAGUGUCGCUUACUGGAAAUUUCUCUACGUAUCUUUUCUAAUCUUCUCGCCUUCAAGUUCUAUUCAGUCCGCUUACUGUAUGCAUUGGCGAGAUCGCAGGCAAUGCGUUUACGAUGAGAACAUUUGAAUGAAAAGUAAAGAAAGAAAAAAGAAACCUUAACUCUAACGAAUAUUGUAUUAAGGAACUAAUGUAUUUUUUCUUCUUUUGUAUAUUGGAUUGGAUUGUAACACAAUGAAUGAAAAACUGAAACCCACACGAUCUUACUUCUUGGAUGGAUAUAAUACACGGUUCGUGCUUGAUGAUGGGAUGAGAUGGAAUGCAUUAUUGGAUGGAUUUUGUAUGGAGCAAUAAAAAUUGUAAAAGAGGAUAUAGAAAAAAAAAAAUGAUAAAUCGAGUGGCGCAGUGGAAGUAAUCGGACUGUUCAGGAUACGUCGAAGAGGAAAUUCAGGAAAACCGGGAUCCUUCAAAGAGGAGACGCAUUCCAUUCAAAGGAUUCUCGAUUAGCUGGAUUUUCAUCGGGACACGUACGGCAAAGUCCAUUUCACGCACGCCUUCCUGGAUAAUCGAAGCGUUUACCAUUCUCUAUCUCUAGUCGAGUUACACACUCCUCCUCUUCACGAAUAAUAUAAAAAAAAAAAAUGUAAACAAACUUAACGACAGAGAAUGUUUCUCGACUCCUACGGACGUCGUCCUCAUCCUCGUCAUCGUCCUCCUCGUCGCCGUCGUCGCGCUUCAGUGAAACAUUGGCUCUCGCGAUUUUUGAAUAUUCCACCGUGUCUCUCUCUCUCUCUCUCUCUUUCUCUCUCUUUUUCUUUCUCUCUAACCUUCUAUGUAUCGUUCAAAGGACAUUUUCCUCUUUCUCUCUCUUUUACUUUUUAUUGUAAUACAUUAACAACAGUUCACGUGAUUAGUUGGCGCAUUUAUAAUCAUACCCGAUCAACAGGAACAAUGAGAAGAACUCAUCGAAACUUUAUUAAUGAGUGGUCCUGUUAAUAAAAAAAAAGUGCAGUACGAAGAGAAUCAGUCGAGAACCAUUUACGCGUUUCUUAAUAAAUUCGUAUUAGUUUAAUCGUGCGUUGAGUGUAAUUAAAUCGGUGUAUUAAAUAAGCGGUGCAUCGUAAUUCCAAUUUAAUUAAUGAGAGCGAUCUCGCUGGAUGCCAUUAAAUGAAGGAUUGACGCGGCGGCGGACACAAGAGGAUUUUAUACGAGAUGAAAUCACUGUUUGACGAAUUUCAUAUACUGCGAAAAAAAAGAACGGACUGUCUUAAUUUCUCUAUGUACGUUCCUACUACUUUCUCUCUUUCUCUGUGGGAAGCAACGGAGAGGAAAAAAAAACAGUAAACGAACGUGUGACAGAAUUUAUUUGGGAUUCGGAUGCCUCGCGGGAUUUAUUAAUACGCGCACGUGGAGGAUUCUUGGAUCUGGAUAAAUUUACUGGAUCAUUUCAUUUGGGGAUUUGGUCGAGAUGGAUACAAGUCGCACGGACGGAAUGCUAUAAAUAUAUCUGUUUCGAUGGACAUUUGGAUGGAUUCGGAUUCGGAUGGAUUUCUGCUGUCUCACAUACAUAGGGUUCAUGGAACAAAAAAAUGACUUCACUAGGUCGUCGCAUAUGGAUUUCCGGAAUCGGUGUCUUCGCUUACAAUUAGGACGAACAGAUUCAGGAUCGAUACAGGAAUAUAAUGGUGUCUAUUGGAUAAUUUCCUUUCUCAUCAUGACUCUGAACAAAAUAAGAGAACUCGGAUUGCUUGCAUCUUGUACCAAAAGGUAUUUCAACACAGGUUCUUAUACAUUCAAAGGUACAUUACAUAGAUUAUUCUGCAUGCUUUGCUUUUAAGUUUGUCAUUAUGCAUUUAAACGGUUUUUUUAACUUUAUUGGCAAUUAAACUCUUGCACUGGUGGCAGGUCUUUGGCUUGAACACGUACAGUUUUACGUACAUUAGACCUUGUAGCGCAUCUUUGAAUGUCUUCCUGCAAAUUUUCUGACAAGUUGUACAUUUAGCUAUUUUUAUGUCAUCUAUUAAAUGCACUGAUUGACUUCUCCCUACUGACAUAGCUAACAAUGUAUUGAAACCCUACGACGCUAGAAAUCCAUGGCAUGGGUGGCAAUGGAUAUGAUAUCUUUUAUGUGCUUCUAAUUGGAUUUACCUAGGGGGAUCUUGAUCUGUUGAAAUUUAUCUGACUAACAAAGCGGUGAUGUUUUUUUUUUGGCUUUACUGAUAUUAUUCUGGCAUGGGUAUACAUUAUGAGGGGUAUAUUAAAGUAACGAGAGGUGAAGUUUAAUGUCUGUUGGUAAGUUUUAAUGCAAGGAAGAUUAAUUGAUAUUAUUUACUCUUUUAUUAUAUUAUCAAUCAUUGUUACACUUGGCACGUAUAAUAAUGCAUAGUUACAUGUUUGCAACUGAUCAAUUAUAAUUUCACAUUAGUGAAUCAUAGACAGUUCAUAAAGAAUAUCGAUUUGGUACGUUUAACAGCAUCUUCGUCGUUACGUUUCUACAUAUAAUUAUACACAGAGAAUAUCGCACAUCGUGAUACAGAAUUCGUAAUUAUGUGAAAGAAUACAGUGCUAUUUAUUGGAAUUCUCAAUCCUUUGAAUUUUAAUCCUCUGCUAUUUGUUCCACCGCUUAUAAUAAAUUAUUCAUUCGUGCCAUCCUA